GCGGAAAUCACGAUGUUUACAUUGCUAGCAUUUUUGCUCGCUGCUAAGCUAACUGCUAGCUAACAGAUAGCAGGUGGAUGUUUUCCCGGUCAGGUUUGACUAUAACUUGUAGUUUUUUAGGGUCAUUCAGUGUUGUAACGUUAAAGCGUUUAUCUGACGUCACCCCGGUGCUCGUGCCUCCUCGGCCCGGUGCUCCACGGUGCUCGUGCCUCCUCGGCCCGGUGCUCCACGGUGCUCGUGCCUCCUCGGCCCGGUGCUCCACGGUGCUCGUGCCUCCUCGGCCCGGUGCUUCCCCGUUAACGUUAAGAACUUUCUCCAGAAACAGACAAAUGCCAAAGAAAGGAAAAGCGCAGGUGAAAGGACGUCCGUCUGCAGGCGCAGCAGCGCCGGCAGAAGCUUCAUGUCCCGUGACUCGACACAAAAGUGGAGCUGUGACCAUAACGGUGCACGCCAAGCCCGGCUCCAAACUCAGCGGCAUCACAGAAGUUUCUGCGGAGGCGGUGGGAGUCGCCAUCGCAGCGCCGCCGACAGACGGAGAAGCAAACGCUGAGCUCGUACGUUUCCUGGCUGAAGUUCUGGACCUGAAGAAGAGUCACAUAUCUCUCGACAAGGGAUCCAGGUCCAGAGACAAACUCCUCAGAGUGGACUCCUCUCUCAGUCCAGAGGAGGUGCUGAGGAGGCUCCGACAGGCUGCAGGGAGGAGUGAAGAAGAGGAGGAGGCAUAACUACCAAAUGUUCAUUCAUAUAUUCAGCAUUAACCCUUUGAAUGUUUGUUUACAUAAUGUUGUUUUAUGGAGAAUAAAACACAAAAUAAAUGUUGUUUUCUGUGA